AUGUCACAGCCGGAACGGUUGCCGGGUGGAGAUCUAGGUUCGCGUGAGGAACAGACAGAGUCGCCAUCAACACAUCUUCAAGCCAACUCGUCCAACUCUGUAGAGAUGGAAAAUCUAUCUCCGAAAGCCCAAGAUCAAUCAGGGGCUUCCACCGUGCCUGGUGCGACAACGUCCUCAGCCAUCGCAGACAAUACACCGCGGGACCCUCAAUCCGCGCAAGCAUCUGCCCCCGAUAACUCCGAGGACAUCGGAACAUCUCACGAUGUCGAAACCACAUCACACCCCUCGGCCAAGGCAUUGGGCAAAGCACCAGCCACUGCGACCGAGACUAAGGAUCACGAUGCCAUUGGGCCAGCAGAUUCAAAUGGCGAGCAGUCGACGCCGGGCGAGUUAAAUGUGGAUAUUUUGAUCAUAAUACCCAGCACGGGGAACCGCCAUCCCUUCAAAAUCAACGAAAAGUACCUUAAGAAACGAAAUGUCAACGUUACAGGAGUGACUGAGGACGGAAAGAUGGACCCUUUCAGUAUUACGGUCUACACCCUGAAAGAAUUAAUCCUGCGGGAAUGGCGUACCGAGUGGGAGACGCCACCCAGAGAGCCAACAUCCAUACGACUUAUCAAGUUGGGCAAGAUGCUGGACGACAAGUCGACUUUAGCACACUACAAUUUUUCGCCCUCCGUGACGAGCAUUAUUCACAUGACAGUGAAACCACAAGAAAUAGUAGAUGAAGAGGAAGCAAAUAAGCGGCUCAAGGAACCGAGCUCACGAUCCGGCCGCAGCGGAUGUUGUGUUAUUUUAUGA